AUGGCUCUGAAUGAGUCUGGGCAGGAGGACGUUCUGAUCGCUCACCAGCAGAUGUUCCAGGUCCAGUUGACCGCUGAGGGACCGCUGACCAAACUCCUGGUGGCCGUCUUCAUGUCGGCCCUCUUCAUCUCCGUCAACAGCAUCAUGUUCGUCACACUGCGGAGCAAGGCUGUGUUCAGAGACACCCCCCGCUACGUGCUCUUCGCUCACAUGCUCUGCAACGACUCCAUCCAGCUGCUGUUCUCCUCACUGAUGUACAUCAUUUCCUUGUGUUAUGUUCAGGUGGCCAAAGCCGUGUGCUCCAUUUUAAUCCUAGUCACUGCCUCCACGUCACGAAACGCUCCCAUAAAUCUAGCUGUGAUGUCCCUGGAGCGUUACGUGGCCAUUUGCUUUCCUCUGCGCCACGGUGAGAUUGCCACCAAGAGGAGAACAGGUGCAGCCAUCUCUGUCAUUUGGUUCUUUGGGGCGGUGAAUCCUAUCAUCGACAUUCUCUACACCUCGGCCACCGACCCCACAUUCUUCGGCGAGCGCAUGUUCUGCACACGGGAGAGAAUAUUCACCGCGCCAUGGCAACGGGAGCUGUUUGAGGGCCUCAAUGCCUUCUACUUUGUCGCCGUGACGCUGAUCAUUGUCUUCACCUACAUCAGUGUGAUGGUUGCAGCUCGAUCUGCCUCCAGUAAUAAAGAAUCGGCAAAGAAAGCCCACAGCACUCUCUUGCUGCACCUCAUCCAGCUGGGCCUGUGCCUUAACACACUGGUGUUCGGCAGCAUAGAGAGGCUUCUGGCCAUGACCAGCAGCAGUCGUCUGUUCAUGGACCUGCGCUACGUCAACUUUCUCCUUGUUCUCAUUCUGCCUCGGUGCCUGAGCCCCCUGAUCUACGGCCUGAGGGAUGAUACCGUGCGGCCCUUGUUCUUGUUUUAUUUACAGUGUAGCACGCACAGAGUCAAGCCUAAUGUCAAUAUGCACUGA